CACCACUCCACGCGCUUCGCUCGUUUCUUUCUUUUUUUUUUCUCUCUGCCCUUUCUCCAAAGCGGUUUCCUUUUUCGUUCUUGUCUAUCCCCCCUCUCUGUAAGAAAAACCAAUAAUAAUAAUAAAACAAAAAAAAAAAACUCUGAAUUCUCUUAAGUUUUUGUUUCUUUUAAUCCUUCACUAAAAUUCCACGUUUUAUCUCAGAUUCACCGCCAAUAAUUAUCCCCUUGGCAUCUUUGUUUUUGUUUGGGUUUGGUUUGGUUUUUUUUUUUUUUUCAUUUUUUUUCCUUGUCCGAACCAAAAGCAAACGGAAAUUGUUGGAGGGAAGUAUUUUGUCAGUUUUUACUUGAUGCUUUGAAGCCAAAACAGAUAAAUCUUCCGGCGAGAAGCUUCGGAGAAUUCGUAUGUCAGUUUAUUGUUUCAGAUUCAUAACUCGACAGUUAGGGUUUUGGGGGAACGGCGUGUUUUGAAGCGGGACGUUUUUCCUUCCAGUGGAAAAAAAAAAAGAUUUUGUACGGUCAUUUUCUUUAACAAUUUGGAGUAAAAUCUGUCAAUUAUCUCUACAGUGUUGUCAAUUCACCUCAGAAACCAUGACUCCGAAGCCCGAUUGUUUCAUUUUCGUUUUCUGAGAGAAAUCGGGAGAGUGAAGUGUGGACUGUUACAUUUGAAGAACUGAACGAGUCAGGGUUUUAGAGUGUUGAUUUUUAGUGUGGUUGAUAAGGUCGGCGAGAUGUCGUUAUUUGUAAAAAUGGAAGUUGAUGCAUUGGAGGAUGUUGCUUGUUUGGACCCAGAGCUUUUGCAGCUUCCCGAAGUGUCUCCAUUUGCUCUAAAAACCAGUCCUCAACUUGUCGAGGACUUGUUCUCGCAGUGGCUUUCGCUUCCAGAGACCGGCCAUCUGGUCAAAUCUUUGAUUGAUGAUGCAAAGGUAGGGUCCACUGUUAAUGCCUUUGCGAACCUUUCUAAUGUAAAUGUUGUUGGGAGCAAUUCAUUGCCUUCCAUGUUUCCCAGUGGCAAUGCACCUCCACUUUCUCCAAGAAGCUCAUCUGGUUCUCCUCGCAUGUCGAAGCAGAAGUCCAGCCCUUCAGCUCUUGGCUCUCCAUUGAAAUUAGUUAGUGAACCAAUGCAAGAAGUCAUUCCACAGUUUUAUUUCCAAAAUGGUCGUCCACCAACAAAGGAAUUGAAAGAACAAUGUCUUUCUAAAAUUAAUCACCUUUUUAAUAAUCCUCUAAAUGGAUUGCAAAUAGAUGAGUUUAAAACAGUGACAAAGGAAGUUUGCAAGCUACCAUCUUUCCUCUCUUCUGCACUUUUUAGAAAGAUAGAUGUAGACUGUACUGGAAUAGUGACCAGAGAUGCCUUUAUUAAGUAUUGGGUUGAUGGCCACAUGCUGACGAUGGAUAUAGCAACUCAAACAUUUGAAAUUCUUAGGCAGCCAGGCCGUAAGCACCUCACUCAGGUUGAUUUCAAGCCUGUUCUUCGAGAACUUUUGGCAACCCAUCCAGGAUUAGAAUUCCUGAGAAGCACACCUGAGUUUCAAGAUAGAUAUGCUGAAACUGUCAUAUACAGAAUAUUUUAUCACAUCAAUAGAUCGGGAAAUGGCCAUCUUACUCUCAGGGAGCUGAAACGUGGAAAUCUGAUUGCGGCCCUGCAACAUGCAGAUGAGGAAGAGGACAUUAACAAAGUCCUUAGGUACUUCUCAUAUGAACACUUUUAUGUUAUUUACUGUAAGUUUUGGGAGUUGGACACAGACCACGAUUUCUUCAUUGACAGAGAAAACCUCAUCAGAUUUGGCAAUCAUGCCCUUACCUACAGGAUUGUUGAUAGAAUCUUUUCGCAGGCUCCACGGAAGUUUACUAGUGAGGUGGAAGGGAAGAUGGGUUAUGAAGACUUUGUUUACUUCAUGCUCUCAGAGGAGGACAAAUCAUCUGAGCCUAGUCUUGAAUAUUGGUUCAAGUGUAUAGAUUUGGAUGGAAAUGGUGUGCUCACGCCCAAUGAAAUGCAAUUCUUCUACGAGGAGCAGCUGCAUCGUAUGAAAUGCAUGGCCCAAGAACCUGUGCUCUUUGAGGACAUAUUGUGUCAAAUAUUCGACAUGAUUGCACCUGAGAGAGAAGAUUAUAUCACGCUACAGGACUUGAAAGGGUGCAAACUUUCAGGAAAUGUUUUUAACAUCCUUUUCAAUCUUAACAAGUUUAUGGCUUUUGAAACACGUGAUCCAUUCAUGAUUAGGCAGGAACGUGAGGAUCCAACGUUGACAGAGUGGGAUCGCUUUGCACAUAGGGAGUAUAUCAGGCUUUCAAUGGAAGAAGAUGUUGAAGAUGCCUCAAAUGGGAGUGCUGAAGUUUGGGAUGAGUCCCUUGAAGCCCCAUUUUAAGUUUAGUGGGGCGAGUUUUAUUGGCCCUUGUCAAAUAUAUUCGAGGUGAAUGAAAGCUACAUGGAGAUGAUGCAGAUGAUGGUGAUCUGGAGCUGCAAAUUCAUCAGCCACAAAUAUCAAGUUGGGUCGUAUAGCUUUUAUGCCCUCAUUUCACCUGAAGGCUAUUUGCAAUUAUGCUGUGCUGCACUCAAGUUCCACAGUGAAAUCUCCAGUCAGGAAAGCUAAUUGCUUCUUUAGAGAGGGAGGGAUGAUCCCUGUCCUUAAUUAAUCAUCACCCAGGUAUCAAAUCAACAGUCUGCAACUGUGUUAAAAGUCGUUUUGUUAAUUGGUUAAGACGGCCAUUUGCUUUUAUCCUUGCCUUUGAGCCCCGGCUGGAGAGGUGGAUAGCAUGCUUGCCUAGUUAACGUGUUGUGGGCCUGUUAACGGCUGGACAGAACCUGCCUCCUUGCCUACCCUUAAAUGUACUGGGUUCUUUCGUAGCUUCAUAGUGGGAGAAGGGAGGGGAAAAAAAACAGUAGAGAGCUGAAAUUUCCACAUUGCUGCAGUAAGGAUACUGAAGUCCUUUAUUCUUUCAUUCUUCACCA